UAAUGACUGAUAGUAUAAAUGAUAACGAUUCAGCAAAUUUAAAUACAGUGUCCGAGCCAUCCGUGAUGGAAACAUGUACAGCAGGUCCCCUAGUCUUGUAUUCAACUGCGCAAGCAUGGGCAGCUCAGUUUCAUCGCAGUCUUAUGCCUGCCAGGCUGUCAGAGUCCUCCGACGACGAAGACUAUUCUCAGUAUCAAUUCGAAGAUGACCUGGACUACCUUAGGUCAUUGGACCCAAAGGAGUGGAAAGAUCAGGAUCAUUACGCAGUCUUAGGCUUGAAAAAGCUCAGACACAAAGCAACCGAAGAUAUUAUAAAAAGGGCUUAUAAGCAGAAAAUUCUCAAACAUCAUCCUGAUAAACGUAAGGCCAUGGGGGAGGAAAUUCGGCCGGACGACGAUUAUUUCACCUGCAUAACCCGGGCUUGGGAAAUUUUGGGAAACCCUACGAAGCGGCGAAGUUACGACAGCGUGGAUCCGUAUUUUAGCGACGAUUUGCCGGACGAGAAAGACUGUAAAAAUAACUUUUACGUGGUAAUGGGCAAAGCGUUCAAAGAAAAUGCUAGGUGGUCUACGAAAAAGUUAGUACCGCGAUUAGGUGGCCCAGACACACCUAGGGAUAAAGUAGAAAAAUUUUAUUCGUUUUGGUACGACUUUGAUUCGUGGCGCGAAUAUUCUUAUUUGGACGAAGAAGAUAAAGAAAGCGGUCAAGAUCGUGAUAUGCGUAAAUGGAUCGAGAAGAAGAACAAAGCAGCACGGGCAAAACGGAAGAAGGAGGAAAUGACUCGUAUACGUACCUUAGUCGAUAUGGCGUAUAAUGCAGAUCCUAGAGUAAAGAAAUUCCAACAGGAAGAGAGAGACAAAAAAACAGCAGCGAAAAAAGCAAAACAAGAGGCGGCAAAAGCGAGGCAACAAGAGGAAGAGAGAAUAGCGAGGGACGCGGCAGAAAAGGAGAGGCUAGAAAGGGAAAAGCGGGAGAGCGAAGAAAAAGCAAAAUUGGAUGCGCUCAAGCAGGAGAGGGAAGCGCAAAAGAAGGCGCUUCGUAAAGAAAGAAAAGCGUUUAGAGAUUUUUGUAAAGCGAAUAAUUACUUCGCAGAAAAUUCGGCGGAAAAUAUUAUUCAUAUGGAGAGCGUGGAGAAAAUUUGCGAGCUUUUCAAGCUUGUUCAAUUGGAGGAAGCGAUGAAAAAAUUACAGUCCGAGGGUCGAAACGCGUUUCUCGGUAUCGUCGAAGAGACUGAAAAGAAAAUUGAAGCUGAACGUAGAGCCGGCGUUACUUCUAGCGAUAUGCGAAAUACUCCCGAAAAGCAAGUAAAAUCUUACACAGCUCCGUGGUCCGAAAACGACUUGCAACUUUUGAUAAAAGCGGUAAACUUAUUCCCAGCGGGAACGAAUCAACGGUGGGAGGUAGUGGCGAAUUUCAUCAAUCAACAUAGCAGCUCGUCUGUUGGCGUAACUCGCGAUGCGAAGGAAGUACUCGCGAAAGCUAAAGAUUUGCAAUCGACAGAUUUCAGUAAGUCUAGUCUGAAAGAGCAAGCGAAUAAAAAAGCUUUCGAUAAUUUUAUCGCGGAAAAGAAGGCGAAAGAGUCUGUGGAGGAUCGAAUGCCAGCCGUGACGGAACGUCUGGACCAUCCAAUUUCCAACGGUAUUACCUCGGAGCAAAAGGAUUCGAAGAAAGAAUUGCAACCGUGGACCCCGGCGGAGCAAAAACUGUUGGAGCAAGCUUUGAAAACUUAUUCUACGAGCGUGCCUGAUAGAUGGGAUCAGAUAGCGGCGUGUAUUCCAACCAGAACGAAAAAAGAAUGCAUGAGGAGGUAUAAGGAACUGGUCGAACUCGUCAAAGCAAAAAAAGCGGCACAAGUGAUGAAAUAAUAUUAGCCUGUCCUUAAUAAGAAGAUUCUUUUUAACUUAUUCAAUUCGGAUACAAAGAAGUUCGUGAAUCUGUUCGGGUAGGAAAAUGUUGAUUUUGUGAGUUUUGGAAGACGGACGAAUUUUAGCUUUCACCGAGCGCCAGCUAUUGUAUAUACCUGUGCCUUGCUUUAGUUUGUACGUGCACAGUUUGCAACGACGGUUCUAGGAGUUUUCUGCUACUUACACGCAAGAAAAAAAAAGCAAUUGCUGCACGUAGUGACUGUACAUGUAUCGCAAUCGUUGACUGCAUGGAAAAAUCAUGGUCCCAAGGUUCUCGAGUUAACGUUCCUGAAAAUAAAUCUUUUCUCACAUAACGACCCUUUUUGCAAUCGAUCCGAGCGAUCGAAAGUGUCAUGUAAG